AUGGAUGGCCGCGACUUCGCACCGCCGCCUCAUCUGCUGUCGGAGCGCGGAAGCCUGGGCCACCGCAGCGCUGCCGCCGCUGCGCGCCUCGCCCCGCCCGGGCCCGCCGCGCAGCCCCCCGCUCACUUCCAGCCCGGAAAGUACUUCCCGUCGCCGCUGCCCAUGGCUUCGCACACAGCCAGCAGCCGCCUGAUGGGAAACUCUCCGGCCUCCUCUUUCAUGGGCAGUUUCCUCACCAGCAGCCUGGGCUCGGCAGCCUCUGCGCACCCCAGUGGCCCCACCCCGUCCCCCUCGGAUCAGGCCUACCGGGGCUCACACCCCGCCACCUCCCAGAUCUGGUUCUCCCACUCCCAUGAAGCUCCAGGAUACCCCAGAUUUUCGGGGAGUCUGGCAUCCACCUUCCUACCCAUGAGCCACUUGGAUCACCAUGGAAACAGCAAUGUUCUCUAUGGGCAACAUCGUUUCUAUGGAACCCAAAAAGAUAACUUCUACCUGCGCAACCUGCCCCCCCAGCCCACGCUCCUGCCCGCCAACCACAACUUCCCCAGUGUGGCCCGGGCCGCCCCUGGCCACCCCAUCGGCUCCUGCAGCCGCGACAGGAGUGAGGCCAGCCACCUGCAGAAGGGCACCAAGGAGUUCGACCGCUUCCUCAUGGGCAAAGAGAAAACCGGCAAGGCAGCUGAGGGCAAGGAGCGGCCGGCGGCGGAAGAGGAUGUCGGCCGGGGGCGGCACAAGCUGGUGCUGCCUGUGCCAGGGGACUCUCACUGCAAGGAGGGCAGCGUGGCCCGGGGAGCCUGUGAAGGCCGCCCCAAGCACCUGGCCUCCUGCCUUCUCAACACCAAGGUGCUCGACGGUGAGCUGGGCCGGUCCACACUGGCCAGCUGUGCGGGGGCCGUGCUAGGGCGGCCAGGUGUGGGCAUGCCGGCCUCUGGACGCUGCACCAAGGAGGUGGCGGGCCCCACAGAGCCUGGGCCAGCCUUCAGCGAGUGCCUGGAGCGGAGGCAGAUGCUGCACCAUGCCGUGUCCUACACAGUGCCGUCCGGCCUGCCCGCGGGGCCGCCCCCUCCCCUCAGCACGGCUGCGGCCGGCCCCUUCCCCUGCCUGCAGCUGCAUGGGGGCCCGGAUGGGCUCUGCCCCUUGCAGGACAAAGUCCCCCGGGACCUGAAGGCCAGUGGGCCCACCUUCGUGCCUUCCGUGGGACACCUGGCCGACAAGAGCCGCCCCUUCCAGGCGGCUGAGGCCUGUGCCGUGGUGGGUGAGGGCAAGGAUCGGCACCUGGAGGCGGCCGCCGCGCCUGACCAUGCUGCGCCUUAUGGGGUCUCCUAUGCCCACCUGAAGGCUGAGGGCAAGGGCGAGCGGCGGUCUGGGAGCUUCGAAGCGGCCCUCAACCCCCGGCUGAAGGGCCUGGAGUACCUGGACAGCGCCGGCCCUGAGGCCCCCUUUCCUGGGCUCCCCAAAGCGGGUCUGGACAAAAGCGGCUACUUUGAGUUGCCUGCCCCCUCGCAAGACUGCGCCCGGCCUAGUCACCAGGACCCACUGGGCGGGAAGGUCACCCAGGCCUGCUGCACUUUAGACAAGGCUGCCAGCAAGGAGACGCCUGUGGGUGCCCCUGGGGCCCAGAAAGUGGCUCGCAUCCGGCAUCAGCAGCACCUGGUGGCCCCUGAGGUAGAACCGGGGAGCAGCGGGGCCGAGGCCAAGCGCAAGUCUCUGGAGCUGGCGUCUCUGGGCUAUGGCGGGCCGCCCCCGCCCCCAUGGAACGUCCAGUCAGGCCAGGGGGCCCCCAUGGCCAUUGGUGAGGAGCGCAAGGCGGGCGCCUAUCUGGACCCCUUUGGUGGCACCCUGCAGCAGGCCGCCCUCCUGCCGCAGGACCUGCCUGCCCCGCCCGACGAGGUCUCAGCCAUGAAGAACCUGCUCAAGUACAGCAACCAAGCGCUGGUCGUCGGCCAGAAGGCGCCUUUCGUGGGCCUGGGGGGCCUGAAGGCCAGCUGUGCCCAGCAGGACGGGAAGUUCCCAAACUCCAAGGGUGCAGGCCAGGCCUCAGGCGAGGUGGAAAGGCCUGACUGUGCCCGAAGCCGGGAGCAUGAUGCCACCCACAGUGAUGGGGAGGUGCGGCAGCCGCCAGUGGGCAUUGCGGUGGCCUUGGCCAGGCAGAAGGACACGGUGAGCCGGUCGGAGUCAGCCUACGGUGCCAACACAGGACGGCAGGGCCGGGCAGCCCCCGCCUUCAAAGCUGGCAGUGGGCCCCGCUCCACCCACCCACUGGACCUGGAGGCCGAAGAGGAGAGGGCCCGCCUGUGUGAGGACCGCCUGGGGCUUCACCCCCACCCUGCCCACCCUCCUUGGCUGCCCCGCACCCGCAGCCCCUCCUUGUGGAUGGGAGGACAUUCCUACGGCCUUGGGCACCCUGCCCUGCACCAGAAUCUGCCCCCCGGCUUCCCUGCAUCCGUGCCCGGCUCCAUGCCCCCCGUCUUCCCCCUCUCCCAGGACGCCCCCACACAACUAGUCAUCCUGCCCUCUGAGCCCACACCCCACACGGCCCCCCAUGCGCUUGCUGAUGUCAUGGACCAGGCUUCGCUGUGGCCCCCCAUGUAUGGGGGCCGGGGCCCCGCCUCCCACAUGCAGCACCCCGGCCAGCUCCCCGUCUACUCCCGGUCCCAGUUCCUGCGGCAACAGGAGCUCUAUGCCCUGCAGCAGCAACAACAGCAACAGCAGCAGCAGCAGCGGGCCACUCAGGCCCUGGAGCUGCAGCGGGCCAGCCAAUUCCAGCAGAAGCCUGAGGACCACCACCUGGAGCUGGAGGAGCCCGCCCAGGAGAAGGCCUUGAAGUCCACCCACAAGCCAGUUGCCUUAACCCCCACGGCCAAGGGCACCCCCUCACCAGCCACUGCAGGCCCUGCGAAGCUGUCACCCUGCUGCCACUCUCCCGCCCCGAAGCCCCCCCCCGCCAGCUGCCCUACACCACCACCGCAUCCUAUCGCCCCGUGCACUUUAUCCGUCUGCCCCACCGGCAGCCCCGGGCCAGGCUCCAAGCUGCCCAGCGCCGAAGACAAGAGUGGGGAGGGCCAGCGGCCCAGAGCCGACCUCAACACGUUGGAUCCAGACCUGCCUCCCGGAUACACAUGCCCUGCGGCGGCCAGCUCGGGCUUCUCCCUGCCCCGCAGCGUGCACUCAUCUGACCUCUCGGACCCUGAAACUAUGCAAACUGCCCCACUGGGGGCCCAGCCUGAGCUGGCCAGGACGUUCCCGCCCGGAGAGCUCUGCCUCCGCAGCCCCCAGAAACUGGAGGAGACUGGGCUGCCCUCAGGGACCAGAGAGGCCACCCAGGACCUUGCCGCCACCCCCCACCCUGCCGAGCGGGGACCCCCGGGGAAGGCAACAGACCCAAGCCCACUGGAGGGGCUGCGAGAACUGCGGUGUGGGGCUCUCCUCGAGGGAGGGGGCCCUGAGGCCUCUGGCCAGGCUGAUUCUACUCAGGGAGGAGGGGCCCCAGAGGCAAGGACCAUGGAGGAGGGGCGGGAGGACGGACAGCUGGGGCCCUCGUUGGGGGCCGGUCCCCAGGCCGUGGAACAGCCGGUGAGGAGCUUGGGCACCCUGAAUCAGGCCGAGCCGGGCAAACAGCAAGGCCCUACAGAAGCAGAGGCAGAGGAGGUGGCCGAGUUGGAGGAGGCUGAACUAGAAGAGGAGGAAGAGGAGCAGGACUGGGGUUCGACUCCUGACAACAGCCAGCUGCCCGGGGAGCUGCCCGGGCUGGACGCUCUGGUGGCAGCCACCAUCAACCUGGGGGACCUGCCCAGCGUCGGCCCACUGGACCCUCCGCCCCCCACUGUCCCUGGGCCACCCCGCACAGCUCCCCUGCCCCAUAGCUCAGGGAUUCAUGGAAUUGCCCUGCUCAGCGAGCUGGCCGACUUGGAGAUCCAGCAGCAGAGGACUGAGCCAGCCCUGCAAGAGGAGGAGGAUGUGCUGGCCUUCAACCUGCAGCGCCUGGCCACCCUGGCCUCAGCCUGGUCCCUGGUCGAAGCUGCUAACCUGGACAGCCCCGCCUCCUUGGCCCAGCCCCCUACCGCUGACCCCUGCAGGGCUCCUGCGCUCACCCCCCGCAUGCAGAUCCUGCGGCGCAAGGACACCUGGACCCCCAAGACCAAGCCUGUGUGCCCACUGAAGGCUGCCAUCGAUCGGCUGGACACGCAGGAGGUGGAGAUGCGCGUGCAGCUGGCGGAGCUGCAGAGGCGCUACAAGGAGAAGCAGCGGGAGCUAGCCCGGCUGCAGCGCAGGCACGACCAUGAGAGAGACGAGAGCUCAAGGAGCCCUGCCAGGCGAGGGCCUGGCCGGCCACGGAAGCGCAAAUACUCCAGUUUGCUGCCUGCCCUGCGACCCAGCGACAGCAAGAAAGUCAAGGCUGUGCGGUCUAGCCUGAGCCUACUAUGUGCUGAGCUGCGGGGUGGCGAUGAUGAGCCUUCGAAGAAGCGAGGCCGGCUGGAGAAGGGCGCCUACGUGGGCCUGCAGCCCGCGUCUGCGGAGAAGGUUCGGUGCAAGAAGAGCAGCAGUCAGGGCGACCUGGCAUCUGCUGUGGCCCACAAGGUGGCCCAGCUGAAGCCGAAGGUCAAGAGCAAGGGGCUGCCCACUGGCCUCAGCCCCUUCCGGCGAAAGGAGGCCACCCCAGGGGGUCGUAUCCGGAAGAAACUGUCACGAGCCAAGAAUGCCAAGGCAUCUGGGAUGGCCCGGCACCCACAGCCUGAUGGCAGCAUUGGUGGCAGGGAGGCACCUAAGUUCCCAGCCCAGCCGGCAGCGGCCACAACACGUGAAGCAGACAGCGGCUCAGACAGUGAAAACUGUGAUGGUCUGCUGGAGACAGAAGAAUCCCCCAAGGAGCCCGGGCUGGUGCUACACGCUGGGACCCGCAUGGCCAUGCUGGGGCCCUCGCCCUCCUCCGUGGUCAAGAUGGAAGCCAACCAGAAGGCCAAGAAGAAAAAGGAGAGGCAGAGCUUGCUAGGGGCCUGCCGCCUGUCCAGCCCCGAGAAUGAGGUCAAGGUUAAGCGGAGGACGGUGAAGACCAAGGUGGGCAGCAAGCUGGAGCGGGCCCCGGGGCGCAGGCCCCCAGGGGGGCCCGGCAAGAAGAAGGCCAAGGCCAAGGGCGGCCUGCGGGCAGAGCCGGGGGCCGCGCCCAGCAGGGACGCCCUCUGCGGCCCCGCCCGGGCCUUCGCCUGCCAUGAGGAGGGCAGCAGGCUGGCCAGCGAGCGCCUCAAGAGAGCCACACGCAAGAGCACGGUGCUCCAGCCGGGGCUGCGGCGGAAGAAUGGGGCCCUGUCCAUCGCCCUGUCACCCCGCAACGCCAAGGCCAUCCUGGGGAGGGGCCGGAAAGCGGGCAAGGUGAAAACCAAGGCCGUUGGCAAACAGGGCAAGGGCCGGGCAGUCAGUCGGCUGCUGGAGAGCUUUGCGGUGGAGGACGACUUUGAGUUUGAGGACAGCAGCUGCCUCUCGGAGGAUGAGGAGGAGGAGGAGGAGGCCAGUGGCCCCCUGAGCGCAGAGCAGAGCGCCGCCCUGGCACGCUCAUGCACCAUUCACAAGGAGGACCUGCAGGACGGGCUGCCUGUGCUCAUCCCCAAGGAGGACAGUCUGCUGUAUGCAGGCAGCGUCAGGACCCUGCAGCCCCCUGACAUCUACAGCAUUGUCAUCGAGGGUGAAAGAGGCAAUCGGCAAAGGAUCUACUCGCUGGAGCAGCUGCUGCAGGAGGCGGUUCUGGAUGUCCGACCCCAGUCCAGCCGGUACCUCCCGCCCGGCACGAGGGUCUGUGCCUACUGGAGCCAGAAGUCCCGCUGCCUGUACCCAGGCAAUGUGGUACGAGGCACCUCCAGUGAUGAGGAAGAGGACCUGGACUCCGUGGUGGUGGAGUUCGACGAUGGGGACACUGGUCACAUUGCUGUCUCCAACAUCAGGCUGCUGCCUCCAGACUUCAAGAUCCAGUGCACCGAGCCCUCACCAGCCCUGCUGGUGUCCAGCAGCUGCCGGAGGACCAAGAAAUCUUCCUGUGAGGCGCCCCCGCCCAGUGAGGCCACCGCUCCCAGCCUGUCUCCUAAGGCUCAUGACGGGUCUGAAGCCUCAAAGACCUCCGGGAAGAAAUCCACAGGCAAAGACAAAGCUGGCAAAACAGAGCUCCUGACCUCUGGUGCCAAGCCCCCCACGGGGGCCUCAGACCACUUCUUGGGCCGCCGGGGCAGCCCGCUGCUGAGCUGGUCGGCGGUGGCACAGACCAAGCGGAAGGCGGUGGCCGCGGCAGGCAGCAAGGGGCCAGGCGUGCUGCAGAACCUCUUCCAGCUCAACGGCAGCGCCAAGAAGCUGCGGGCCCGCGAGGCCCUGUUCCCCAUGCACAGCGUGGCACCACCUGUGUUCGGCAACGGCUUCCGCGCUGACUCCUUCAGCAGUCUGGCCAGCUCCUACGCGCCCUUUGUUGGCGGGGCCGGGCCUGGCCUGCCCGGGGGGGCCCACAAGCUGCUGCGGGCCAAGAAGGCCGAGGUUGAGAAGGGUGGGCGGCGGCGGACGGGCAGCGAGUUCCUGGUCAAGCUGGACCACGAGGGCGUGACCUCCCCCAAGAGCAAGAACUGCAAGGCGCUACACGCUGGCGACAAGGACUCGGGGCCCAGGCCAGGGAGGCCCCUGCCCAGCCCCAGCUACGGGCACCCAGCCCUCGUGGGCAAGGACAGGAAGGGACGGGCGCCUGUCCACCCGCUGCCCAUGGGGCUGGCGCUGCGCAAGUUCGCGGGCCAGGCCGAGUACCCGCUGCCCUGCGACAGCGACUGCCACAGCUCCUACUCAGACGAGGAGGAGGACGGGCCUGGCCUGGCACCCGGCGUGCCCUCCCGCUUCCUCGCCCGCCUGUCCGUGUCCUCCUCGUCCUCGGGUUCAUCCACCUCCUCCUCCUCGGGCUCCCUGUCCACCUCCAGCCUCUGCUCCUCGGACGACGAGGGCUCUUCCUACAGCUCGGACGAGGAGGACCCCGCCCUGCUGCUGCAGACAUGCCUCACCCACCCAGUGCCCGCGCUCCUGGCCCAGCCCGAGGCCCUGCGCUCCAAGGGGGGCGGCCCGCACCCGCACGCCCAGCGCUGCUUCCUGUCCAGGGCCGCCGUGGCCGGUGGGGGUGCGGGCGCGGGCCCCAGCAGCAGCAGACCCCGGCUCAAGCGCAAGGAGGCCCUGAGCUUCUCCAAAGCCAAAGAGCUGUCCCGGAGGCAGCGGCUGCCCUCCGUGGAAAACCGGCCAAAGAUCUCAGCUUUCCUGCCCGCCCGGCAGCUCUGGAAGUGGUCGGGGAACCCCACGCAGAGGCGUGGCAUGAAGGGGAAGGCCAGGAAGCUGUUCUACAAGGCCAUCGUCCGGGGCAAGGAGACGCUUCGCAUCGGGGACUGCGCGGUCUUCCUGUCAGCCGGGCGGCCCAACCUGCCCUACAUUGGCCGCAUCGAGAGCAUGUGGGAGUCGUGGGGCAGCAACAUGGUGGUGAAGGUCAAGUGGUUCUACCAUCCGGAGGAGACCAAACUGGGGAAGCGGCAGAGCGACGGGAAGAACGCGCUGUACCAGUCCUGCCACGAAGACGAGAACGACGUGCAGACCAUCUCCCACAAGUGCCAGGUCGUAGGGCGCGAGCAGUACGAGCAGAUGACACGGAGCCGCAAGUACCAGGACCGACGGGACCUCUAUUACCUGGCGGGCACCUACGACCCCACCACGGGGCGCUUGGUGACGGCCGACGGCGUGCCCAUUCUGUGCUGACUCUGCGCGGAUGGCCGCAGGUGACCCACCUGCCCAGCAGUGCCCAGCGUGCGAGCCACAGGCACGAGAGGACGCAGCCCCACGCCUCUGAGUAGGAGGCUGGCCCACACCUCGGAGGGGCGAGUCUGAGCAAAUAUGCAAACCCACCAAGGCAAGAUCCAGGCUUUUUUUUAUUAUUAUUAUUAUUUUCCCUGGAAAGCGAGAGAGCUUUUAGGCGUCGGAACCCAGUCCCAUCCGUCUGCUGCGGAGGGUCAGCUGUGCCCCCAACUGGGAUCCGCCGGCCCUCACUGUUUUCCCGCAUCGGCAGUUCACGAGAGAUUAGAAUCCAAGCCAUAUUUUCCCUAGUACCUCCGACUGUCUCCCACCAGGGAAAGCAGAAAUCAGGUGUGUUGUCUAUUUAUUUCUCUAUGUAAAUAUUGUAUUCCUUGCGGGGAAGUUUUAUGGAAAAAAAGUGGAAAAGGAUUUUUUUUUUCCCCACACGCGUGACAAGGGUGUGUGUGGGUGAGUGUGUGUGUGUGUCUGUGUAUGUGUGUGUGUAGAGAUUUUGUUCUGGGGGGUUUUCUUUGAAAAUGCACUGUUUUCCUCAGCCUAGCUGAGUUCCAACUGAGGCGUCUGUGACAACAGAGGCAGCGGGGGCGUGGUCCGAGGGGCCAGAGGCCACGGGAGGGAUCAGACAGAACCCUAGAUUAUACCUGCUGACCUCUUGGGGGGACUGUCUAAGAUGGAAGUCACACUCGAGUUUAUUUCCUUUUAAUUCAUCUCCUGGGGAAAAAAGUAUUGGGGGAGGUCGAAUAUGAGGGUCCCUUGGGGGGUAGAAUGGACACCAGGAGCAGGCUCCCCAGCCCAAGAGUGUGACUGCAGCCAUAUGUAUCUUACCUCUGUUUAAAACAAAGCAAAAAUGAACAAAUGUUUUAAACUAUCAAUAUGAAAGGAUGAUGUUUUGAUUUGAUUUCCUGAAUAUUCCAAGUUAUUUCCAAUUUCCGUUUCACUGACCAUCUUGCCCAGCCUCCACUCAGCAGGAAAGGAACUGGCCCUCCCCAACUCACGUGGAGUUUUGCGGGCCUUUUCCUCAGCCGCUUGGCAGGGCCGAUGACCUGGCAGGCUAGUGCUUGGGGCCCAGAGCAGGGUUCCUCCUGCCCACACCCCAGCUUUGGGUACAAGGAGCACUGCUCUGCCCAGCACCAUAAUUACUGUUGUGCCGCAUGCGUGUCCCAGACCCUCAGCACCACCCCAGUAACCCCAGAGAACAUGUCACCCCUUCACUUCUUCUGAGGCCAAGAGGGACAGGCAGAGCAAGCCAGGACCGUGACCCAACAGCCCUUCCCGCCCCCCAAAAACACGCACUGAGGGCUCCAUGCUCCCAUGUCACACUAAGGGUCCCCUGGCCUCACUGAGAUCCCCAGGAAAGCCCCCCACGUUAGCCACUGCUCCUUAGCACGGGCUCUUGUGUGACCCACAGACCCACACCAGGUACCUGGGAAAUAAGUCGGUAGGUGCCUGGGCCCCCUUUUCUUUCCAACCAGGAAAUCACCCCGCCCACCUGGAGGGCCCCUCCCCCGCUCUUGGCGGCUCCAAGGAAAGUACAGGGACAGGGAGGGGUUCCCCUGCACCCCAGCUUUCCUCUCCCACCCCAACUCUCCCCUUUGUCUCGGCUCGAGUGCAAUAUUUCAUUCCUGGUGGUCGUCCUGGAGACGGCGGCCAAGGUCCUGCUGGCGGCUGGGGAAGUGGAAAGAUGCCGUGGAGAGGACACGGCCAAUUGCCAAGGCGCAUGUGGGGAAGGCCCAGCCAUGGACACUAGAACCUGAGGCUACUUCCAACCCCAGUCUGCAAGGCAGAAACGAACAAAACAGGCAGCCUUUUCUUGGCCCUCCCGCCCUCCUGUUGGUUAUUCUCCCUGUCUGUGGACUUCUGUCCUUUGCUUUUCUCUCCUCAUCCCCUCUGUCCGUGUGUGCGCGGACAGCGCGGCCCCCCACCGUGGUUAAACCUGGCAAAAGCACGACUCAUGUAAAUGUGUAAACUAAGAGGAUGGUUGAUUUUUUUUUCAAUGUAAACACUAAAAACAAACAAACAAAAAAAAUGCAAAGGUUUUAUGAACAGCAAACUCUAUGUAAAGGCAUUUUAGUAUUAAAUUUUUUAUUGAUAACUUGCUUAAGAAUAAAUAUAUAAACUAUUGUACAGGUU